AUGUCUGACAUAAACAAAACGACUGAUAAUGGGCGGAGGGCCGGGGGAAUCGGUCGACUUUUGACAGAUGAGUCGUUUGAAGGGAAGAAGAAGACCGAUGUCGAUCACUUUCCCGCGGCACACACCAAAAAGUUGAUUGACGAUGGCAAUAUUCAUUUGUCACAAGUGCGGCAAACCCCAUAACUUGGCUGCUGUCUCGCGAAGGGGCGUGGUCUUCCUCUGGCCUCUCUCUGAUCUCCGUUCUCUCUCCUCAGUCGUUCUCUUCAAUCCCAAUUAUAUUUUCUUUUUCAUCUAUUCUUCUAUUCUCUCUCAUUCCCAAAUUAUCUCUCCAUUCUACCCCACUUUAACUGACAAUGCCAUAACUUCCUAGCUCGUAAAUUAAGGGCCAUAAAUUAAGACCAGUGCUUUCUGGGCGGUGUUUCCUUUGGUCAUCUAAUCUCGAGCCAUCUUCCCCAAUUCAUUAAGGCGCGACGUUAUUUAUGAAGCCGGGUGAUGGAUGAACUGCCCGCCACUUCCAACAUCCCGGUCUUCUGUAGCUAAUUUAUGGCUUCGGGGCGAGAUUCAAGAGCUGCCAUAACGCGGGCGAAGACAAAUUAAAGGACGGGAUGAUUAACUGCUUCAAAUGGGCGAAUAAUUAAUUACCCGAUAAAUCAGCCCCAAACGGUCGAUAAUAAAUGAAUCUUGAGGGGCUUGUUUAUCGCUGUCAGUGCCCUCCGGGUUAUUACUCAUACCGUGCCCUGGGGGCGAAAUUGCGAAAGUUCUGGAGUUAGAAUUUGUGAACAAAGAGAGCAACACAAAAUAAAAACUCAUUGUCAUAAAAAAUCGUAAAAAGUAAGAAUCAAUGACAUUAAUAAGAACAUUUCAGCAACAUAACUCAUUCGAACGGUCAGUCAGCUAUGGAAGCAACGUGUUAUCCCCCAACAAACGAGGCCAUCUGCUCUGCCGCCUGGCGGCUUUCGACAUUCCCACAGUGCCGAAACAGGUAGGUCGUAAAUCAACCGUCCGUCAUCGUCGUUAAGGCCUCCUCGCCCCUACCACACGAAACCCAUCGCAUAUACGAUCAUCACCAUCUCAACUCACGAUCCUGGAACGACGAUUAUCAGCCGGAGGAGCUGGAGAAACCGGCCUAUGGGGGAGUCCAGGUGACGGCCGUAGUGCGAGGAACCUCCUCCAUCUUGUUCUCGAGGGUAAGUCUUAUCGAGGAUGAUGAUUAAUUGACUCGACUUGGAGUUUGAUUAGCCGAAAACGAUUGAUAACGAGAUUGAUGGCUGUAAUGUCAACUCGAAUUGAAUGCUGACAAGAUUGAUAGCCAUUCACAAGAUCGAUAUGAUCAUCAAACAAUAAACAGGCCUUAGGCGUUAAUGUCAUCUGAACGUCUAACACUCGGAUUUCAAACUUGAAAUCAGCAUUUCAAAUAAUUUACAUAACUGCGACAAAUAAUUUCAAGUUAAUUCUAUUUGUUUAAUAUUGCAAGCAAUUGAGUAACGUGUUAAUAUCUACAUAUGAUGUUCAGAGUGAUCAUUCCUCCUCAUCCACUUCACCACAGCGAAUCACAGCUCUGAGUCCAGCGUCGCCUUACCAACCCUCUCCUUUAUCAACAUAUUCCACUGAUACAUUCAAAGCGGAACCCUCCAGGCCAGACAAAUUGGCCAGAGAAUGUCAAGAUCUCUGGAAGACCCGCAGAUCCUUGGCCCAUGACUUUGAACGACCCAGAACAACGUCUCUGCUGAUGAUGAACAACACUUCCACUGACAUUGCCUCAGACGAUCCUUCAACCAGUUUCGAAUCAAACACAAUUGCAGUAGAUGCAUCUUUCAAUGAAGCCAAACAUCAGAAUAUCUCGGCCGAGGUCAGAAGACAAAAGUAUCGCUCACUGCUCUUAAAUCGAAGAGCGAGUUCGAGGAGAAAAAGAAGAGGAAAUUCCAUUAAUCUGCAUCUCCGUGACGAUAUUCUCAACGAACUCACAGAAAGAUCUUCAAGCUUUAGGUAAGCAGGUGAUAUCACAAUUUAUGCAUCACAAAGACAAGGUAUUUUAUUGCAAUAAUUGCAGAGAUAGUGACAGCUCUAUGUCCCUUAGACCUCGUCGAUUAUCGAACAAACAUAAGGAAAAUCGAAUAGUCAGAGCAACUUCAUUGGCCCUCAAAAAUAUAAAUAAACAGAGAAGAACGUUGGAGCACGGUAAGUUGGUCUGGCCAAUUUUUUAUUAAUUUAAAAAAUCAAUUUAUAAAAAUUUCUUAUAGCUACAAGAUCUUAUGAUAUGGCAGGAAGAGACUACAGUGUAGAUCGAACUUCAGACUCCAUUUUCAAGAACUUUAUCCGAGUCGACCCCCAAUUCGAGGAAUAUCGACCGCGAACUCCGACCUUGCCCAGUCGAUUACGACCGGUCGAUCAUGAAUAUCAGAGUCGACCCUUCAGUCAUUCCAUCGAUUACUAUUCUUCAUUUCGAUAA